AUGAUUCAGAGAAAGAGAACUAAGAUCGAUUCUUUCCGGGGUAGCCCUUCUCCUGACUGCAAUGGCUGGAAGCGGUCAUACAAUAGGGCUGCAAAUGCGACGGUAACCUUGUUCGACGUCGUGGCUGACCGCCUAAAAGUGGAAAAGGAUACAAAUUCAAACAAGGAGGUCAUCGCAGAAGUUAGGUUAUUACUACAAGGUAGUGGUCUGGAAAAGGCUUCUUCCGCCCAUUUCCGGGAAAACCCCGUCCUGGGUGUUGAGCAGCCUAAGCAGCCUCCACGUGGUGGAUUUAAGCUUGUCCGGGAACUGGCCGCAAUAGGAGAAGCACUUUGCUGGUUUACGUUUCUGCCGUUUAUGAACUCCUCUGCUUUUACUGCCGCAGUCGAGGAAGUCGUUAAGCAGUUUGGAGAAUCUUCGACAGAAGCUAGUUAUUCGACUCAUGGCAAGGAAAACUGGGAAACGCCUAGUGUAACCUCUCGAUUCUCUUCCUCUGUACUACUACAAUUCUUGGAACAUUUGGAGCUACUUUGCGACAUUGGGCAUUCUUUGGCUGGCGCUGCUAUCGCCUACAGCAUGCAAGGAUUUGGAGCAACAGCUGCCGCGAACAUUGCCGUGACAUACGUCGUUGAUUUCGAUCACCCAGUGAGUAGUACCACCAAUCAAGGAUACCAGAAAUUGAUGGCCAAAAUUGUCAGUCAGGAGUGA